AUGCCUGGUAGCCCGAUUCCAACUUUGGAACCUUCCAAGGAAUAUCUCCCGAGACGAUGGGAUUUCGUCGACGGUUCUGGGUCCGAUUGCAUCACAGCGGACUCUAGAUCCGCGACCCUUGCAUAUUUGGCCUCGGUCGCGUGGAGCGUUGAGAGCCAUGUGUUCCGUGAUCGGGGAAUUGACAUCUGA